AAACCCUAGCCAUGUUUAGUGGCUAUAAUAAACAAAGUUUUGUAAGAAACAAUAUUGUUGUUUUUAUGGUAUAUAUAUAUAUAUAAAUAUAUAUGUGGCCUACUAUUCCCUCUUAGUAAACUAAACUUACCUAAUUAUAACUACUCACACAUAUUGUAUGCCUAUAUACAUUUGUUCAUGUUGACCUCAUGCAUAUCUAAGGCUAAGGAUUCUUUCAUAUCCUUCUCUCUCUCUCUUUCUCCUGGUCUCUUUGCUUUGUUGAUCCAAAAAUGGGAACAACCCAUAAGUUGCAAAUUCUAGUCUUGGCCAUGAUCUUCGUCGUCGCCCGGUCGACCGGACGCCAUCCAGCUCCUCUGAAAGGCCUUCGCGUCGAUCUCACGCACAUCGACUCGAAAGGAAACUUCUCAAAGCUCGAGCUCCUCCAGCGCGCGGCGCACCGGAGCCACCAUCGGAUGUCGAGGCUCAUCGCCAGGACGACGAAGGCGGCCGGCUCGAGCUCGCAGGUUCAGGCCCCCGUUCACGCCGGCAACGGCGAGUUCCUCAUGGACCUCGCGAUCGGCACGCCCAGCGUGCCCUUCUCCGCCAUCCUCGACACGGGCAGCGACCUCAUCUGGACGCAGUGCAAGCCCUGCGUCGAUUGCUUCUCGCAGUCGACCCCGAUAUUCGACCCCUCGACCUCCAAGACCUACUCGAAGCUCCCGUGCUCGAGCGCGCUGUGCCAGGCCCUGCCGACGUUCUCGUGCAAGUCCGACUGCGAGUACCUCUACUCCUACGGCGACUCCUCCUCGACCCAGGGGGUCCUCGCGAGCGAGACCUUCACGUUCGGGUCGACGAAGGUCGGUCACGUCGCGUUCGGGUGCGGCGACACGAACGAGGGCGACGGGUUCUCGCAGGGCGCGGGGCUCGUCGGCCUCGGCCGGGGCCCUCUCUCUCUCAUCUCCCAACUCGGCCUAGGCAAAUUCUCCUAUUGCCUCACCUCUCUAGACUCAUCAAAAAAGAGCCCUCUCCUUUUUGGCUCCUUAGCUGAUCUAAGCUCCGGUGCAAGUUCAACACCACUAGUGAAAAACCCUACACAAGCAUCCUUUUACUACCUCACCCUAAAAGGCAUAACAGUGGGUGCAACUCCUCUACAAAUACCGAGCUCAACAUUUGCACUGCAAGAGGAUGGAACCGGGGGCCUCAUAAUAGACUCAGGAACUUCCAUCACGUACCUCGAGCAAGCCGGAUACAAGCCGCUGAAGAAGGCGUUCGCCGCGCAGAUGCAGCUCCCGGUGGCGGACGGGUCGGCGAUCGGGCUCGACCUUUGCUUUUCGCUGCCGUCGGACGCGUCGUCGUCGGUGGAGGUGCCGAAGCUGGUGCUGCACUUCGAUGGCGCGGAUCUGGACCUUCCCGCGAACAACUACAUGAUCGGAGAUUCGAGCAGCGGAUUGCUGUGCCUGACGGUGAUGGGGUCGCGCGGGAUGUCGAUUCUGGGGAACUUCCAGCAGCAGAACAUGCAGAUACUCUAUGAUGUCGACAACGGCAAGUUGUCGUUCGCGCCCGCGCAGUGCGACCGGUUGUGAAAGAGGACUACGUUUUCGCUUUCGUGUUACAUAUUGCUGAUCAUUUGUAUUCAUCGUUAUAAAGAGGAAUAGAUGUUGUUGUUGUUGUUGUUGUUGUUCCAUUGUUGAUCAUUAUGUUUGAUCUUUUGGAUUUUUGAA